AUGUGCGCCGCCCACAACGCCCAUGAUGUUCGGAAAGCUCUCGCAUUCGCCGCCUCCGCCGCGCUCGCGCUCGCCGCGCCCGCGUCGUUCAUCCCCAUCGCGGACGACGUCAUCCUCUGGUCCGCGGACAUCUCCGCGCCGAACAUCUUCACGACCUGGCAGGUCGGCAGCACGCAGACGAUCAAGUGGGACCCGAGCCAGGUCCCCCAGACCGCCGCGAACCACACCGGCGUCGUGCUCCUCGGCUACUACGAGAACGACAGCGAGAACCUCGACACCCAGACCCCGCUUGUGACUGGGUUCCAGAUCUCGGACGGCCAGGUGGACAUCACGGUACCGAACGUGCCGACGAGGAACGACUACAUCGUCGUCUUGUUCGGCAACUCGGGCAACGCCUCGCCCACCUUCACGAUCACGGGGACCAACUCCACGCAGUGA